CGCGACAACAUCCAGGGCAUCACCAAGCCGGCCAUCCGGCGCCUGGCUCGGCGCGGCGGCGUGAAGCGCAUUUCGGGGCUGAUCUACGAGGAGACGCGCGGCGUGCUGAAGGUGUUCCUGGAGAACGUGAUCCGCGACGCCGUCACCUACACGGAGCACGCCAAGAGGAAGACGGUGACGGCCAUGGACGUGGUGUACGCCCUCAAGCGCCAGGGACGCACCCUCUACGGCUUCGGCGGCUAAAGG